AAAUCACAUCAGAACAAUUUCAGGUGUGGUGGAUUAGUUAAGUUAGCUGGUUUGGUUGUGUUGCAGUACAAAAAGAAGAGGAAGUACAAAGGACAAAAUUGACAAUUAAAAAAAAAAAAAAAACUAUUAUAUCUCUGUACCAGAUCUUCUACUUUAUAGCUUACAAAAAAGAUUGCUGCCUCCACCACGUCCCUCGCAAGGAAGGAAAGCACUCUCUCUCACUCGCUCUCUGUUUUUCUCUCUUGAAAAAAACAACUCACUCUCUUUCUCUACCUGCUUUACCUUGUCCCUCUCUCUCUACAUUAUUCCUCCUCUGCUCUGGUCUGCUGUCUCCUUGGUUCCUUCAAUGGCGCCGAGUUCCAGAGACCUCCAGCUCACCACCGCCGGCCCAAAACAGCCUGAUAUUGACCGCGAAGACGUACGGCUUCUGGAUUCGUAUGAAAAGGAAAAUUCAAAUAAAUUGGUGGCUUCAGAGGAAGAAGGUAUGAAAAGAAUUCAAGUGAGAGUGACAGGGAUGACAUGUGCGGCUUGUUCCAAUUCGGUCGAAGGAGCUCUCAUCACCCUCAAUGGGGUCUUCCGAGCUUCAGUCGCUUUGCUUCAGAACAAGGCCCAAGUCGUUUUUGAUCCCAAUUUGCUCAAUGGAGAAGACAUCAAGAAUGCAAUAGAAGAUGCUGGGUUUGAGGCAGAAAUUUUACCAGAACCUAGUGCAUCUCAAACAAAGCCACAGGGAACCCUGUUGGGACAGUUCACAAUAGGAGGUAUGACAUGUGCAGCUUGUGUGAAUUCUGUUGAAGGUAUCUUAAGAGAGCUCCCUGGAGUUAAAAGGGCAGCAGUUGCCUUGGCUACUUCAUUAGGGGAAGUCGAGUAUGAUCCUACUGUGAUUAGUAAGGAUGCUAUAGUUAAUGCAAUUGAAGAUGCUGGUUUUGAAGCUGCACUUGUACAGAGCAGUGAGCAGGAUAAAAUCAUACUGGGGGUUGCUGGAAUAUCUAAUGAAAUGGAUAUACUGCUUUUGGAAAGCAUACUUUGCAACUUGAAAGGAGUGAGACAAUUUUGUUUUGGCAGGUCAUCAGGAGAACUAGAAGUCCUCUUUGAUCCCGAAGUUGUUGGUUCUAGAUCCUUAGUUGAUAAUAUUGAGGAAGGAAGCAUUGGGAAGUUCAAAUUACAUGUUAAGAACCCUUACACGAGAAUGGCUUCUAAAGACCUAGAAGAAUCCUCAAAUAUGUUUCGGCUCUUUACUGCUAGUCUGAUUCUCAGUGUUCCCGUCUUCCUGAUGAGAGUAGUCUGCCCUCACAUACCUCUGUUGUAUUCUUUGUUGCUCCGCCAAAGUGGGCUGUUCCGGAUUGGUGAUUGGUUGAAUUGGGCAUUGGUCACUAUUGUUCAAUUUGUUGUUGGGAAGCGUUUCUACAUUGCAGCUGGCAGAGCACUAAGAAAUGGUUCUACAAACAUGGAUGUGUUGGUUGCGUUGGGUACUUCAGCCUCUUAUUUCUACUCCGUGUGCGCACUUCUAUAUGGUGCAGUGACUGGGUUUUGGUCCCCAACAUACUUUGAAACAAGUGCUAUGCUAAUAACAUUUGUGCUGUUGGGAAAGUAUCUAGAAACACUUGCCAAGGGGAAAACUUCAGAUGCUAUAAAGAAGUUAGUGGAACUCGCGCCUGCGACUGCUUUGUUGCUUGAGAAAGACAAAGAUGGGAAGAGCACUGGAGAAAGGGAAAUUGAUGCUUUGCUGAUUCAGCCUGGUGACAUAUUAAAAGUUCUUCCCGGUGCAAAGGUUCCUGUUGAUGGCAUGGUCGUGUGGGGUUCAAGCUAUGUUAACGAGAGUAUGGUUACUGGUGAAUCUGCUCCCAAUUUGAAGGAGGUCAAUUCAUCAGUUAUAGGAGGUACAAUGAAUUUACAUGGUUCUCUUCAUAUAAAAGCCACCAAAAUAGGAUCUAACACAGUUUUGAGCCAGAUAAUUUGUCUGGUUGAGACAGCACAGAUGUCCAAAGCUCCUAUUCAGAAGUUUGCUGAUUUUGUCGCAAGCAUAUUUGUCCCUACAGUUGUUGCCAUGUCAUUGCUGACGCUGUUGGGAUGGUACAUUGGUGGAGCUCUCGGAGCUUACCCAGAGCAAUGGUUACCCAAAAAUGGCAAUUAUUUUGUUUUUGCCCUCAUGUUUUCAAUAUCAGUUGUGGUGAUUGCAUGUCCUUGUGCACUUGGCUUGGCCACCCCAACUGCUGUCAUGGUUGCAACAGGGGUUGGAGCUAUUAAUGGUGUGCUAAUAAAAGGAGGAGAUGCAUUAGAGAGGGCUCAGAAGAUUAAAUAUGUAGUGUUUGAUAAAACAGGCACCCUAACCCAAGGAAAAGCCAGAGUUACAACUGUAAGAGUUUUAACAGAAAUGGAUCGAGGAGAAUUCCUUACAUUGGUAGCUUCGGCAGAGGCUAGCAGUGAACACCCUUUGGCGAAAGCUAUAAUGGAAUAUGCCCACCACUUUCACUUCUUUGACGAGUCUUCCGCUACCAAGGAUGCCCAAAACUACAGAAAAGAGUUUAAUAUCUCUGAAUUCCCUGGAUGGCUUUUUGAUGUCACUGAGUUCUCUGCUCUGCCUGGAAAAGGUGUCCGGUGCUUUAUAAAUGGAAAACAAAUUUUGGUUGGUAACCGGAAGCUGCUGACUGAAAAUGGUGUCACCAUUCCAAUCCAUGCUGAAAAUUUUGUUGUUGAAUUGGAAGAAAGUGCACAAACUGGCAUACUUGUUGCAUAUGAUAAUGCCCUCAUUGGUGUUAUGGGGGUAGCAGAUUCACUAAAGAGAGAAGCAGCUGUAGUUGUAGAAGGCCUUAGGAAAAUGGGCGUCAAUCCUAUCAUGGUUACAGGGGAUAAUUGGAGGACUGCUCGAGCAGUUGCUAGGGAGGUUGGUAUUGAAGAUGUAAGGGCAGAGGUGAUGCCGGCAGGAAAAGCAGAGGUAAUCCGUUCAUUUCAGAAAGAUGGAAGUGUAGUGGCGAUGGUGGGUGAUGGUAUCAAUGAUUCGCCUGCCUUGGCUGCUGCUGAUGUUGGUAUGGCAAUUGGGGCAGGAACCGAUAUCGCGGUAGAGGCUGCUGAUUAUGUGUUGAUGAGGAGUAAUUUAGAAGAUGUUAUCACAGCCAUUGAUCUAUCAAGAAAGACCUUCACUCGUAUACGAUGGAAUUAUGUGUUUGCCAUGGCCUACAAUGUGAUUGCAAUCCCUGUUGCUGCAGGGGUUUUCUUUCCUUGGAUAAGGAUUGAGUUACCGCCUUGGGCAGCUGGUGCAUGCAUGGCUCUGUCUUCUGUAACUGUUGUGUGCUCUUCUUUGCUUCUUAGGACAUAUAGAAAACCCAGACUUACCUCUCUACUGGAGAUAACUGUAGAUUAAAAAAAAACUGAGAGGAUCAUGACAGUAAAAAGGAAAAGGAAAAGAAAAAUAAAAUUAAAAAAAGAGGAAAAAAAAUUAUUUAACCAAUUUCAUGGAAAAGAAAAUUGAAAGAGAUAAAGUGAAUGGGAAUGGGGAGGAAUUUAUUUUAUUUUAUAUUUUUCAACUUCAUUCUUAAAAUAUAUAUAAAUAAUAGGCCCGGUUUUUUUGUUUACUUACAUGCCCACUUACAUGCCCACGUUUGAUGUUAAAUUUCACAUGUAGCUUCUUGUGCCAUUCAUUCCUCUGUAUUCUUUUUUGGUUUUACUAAAAUGAAGAGAAUCAUUGGUCUC